AUGAAAGGGAUUGCAGACCUCCUAGACUCCGACAUGGAGGACUCAGCGCCUUUCGUCGACGAAAAUUCAAUUCUCUCUUCUGCUUCGGACGCGACCAAUGCCACUUCAACGAAAGCGACACAGGCGAAGAGGGGAAAGAAAAGACAGCGCGUCACCAUGCCUCCUAAGUCCAAGUCGAAGCCACAGAGAUCCGCGCCUUCAGAAACAAAGAAGGCUCCUCCAAAGCAGACUGCAGGAGUCAAGCGCAAAGCCUCGGAAGACCAAAUCGACCCAGAAUCUCACGAGAACCUUGAUGGGACGUUGGAAAAUGCUGGCGCCCAGACCGAAGCUCUCGCUCCGAAGACGAAGAAGCGCCACCGGCCGGCCGGCAAAGCAAAGAGCAACAUAAAGGCACUCGAGACGCAAGAGCAAGAAGACGAUCUUGUCGACGUGGACGAAGCUCCCGUCCAGAUCCGUUCAAAGCAUGCGGCGACCAAGACAAGCAAGCAGGCCUCGAAAGUUGCCAACAAAGCAGUCAUGUCGGCCGAGUCAAGGGCUCAUCAAAGACUACGUACCGUCGUAUCAGAACCGCAGCUGGAGGAGGAGGAAACCAGCGCGCUGGUAGACACCGCGUCACCACCGAAACCCAGACCAGUUAUCCGCAAUCCCUCCAGAACAAGAGAAGAUGCACAUUUUCGACGACGCGCCGGAAGCGCAUCAGAUGCCGAACGAGGAGACCCCAACCUGCGACGCAAGCUGGGAGAUAUCACACGCAAGUAUGAAAACGUCGACCUGAAAUACCGCAAUCUGAAAGAGGUGGGCGUCAACGAGGCCAGCGCGAACAUGGAGAGAUUGCGCAAGCAAUGCGACGCCACGAUGCAAGCCUCAAACGACCUGAUUGCGUCUCUCAAGAAAGAGCUGGCGACACAAGCUCCUCUGGCUCAUGAGACGCGCAGACUCAAGCAGCAGAUGCAGAGCCAGGAGGAGGAAAUGGGCAAAAUGCGUGAGACGACGGCGGAUCUCACGACCUCGCUCGCGGCUGCGCAAAACGAGAUCAAAGCCCUACAGGCGAAAUUGGCAGCAGCACGGGCCUCCUCUGUUGACCACCCUAAGACUCCGGGAAGCGCGAUGAAGAGCUCUGCCCAUCGCUCGGUGGUCGCCAGCAAUGCCGACGCUGCCAAAACUGUCGAAAUUGCACAGAUGAAGUUGGAUCUGUAUAGUGACCUGACAGGACUCGUGGUCCUCAACCUGAAGAAGACAGAGGAGGGACACAGCUACGAGUGUAUCCAAACCGGUCAGAACGGGACACUGCAUUUCCGCUUGUUCGUCGACCAAGAGAUUGCGAAAACCAUGACCUUCGAGGACACGGAGUACCUGUACACUCCACUUCUGGACCCUGACAGGGACCACGAGAUGAUCAAGCUGAUGCCUGGUUAUCUGACAGAAGAAAUCACCUUUGCAAGACUUAACGCGUCCAAAUUCUAUGGCAGGGUGGUAGAUACGCUCACGAAGAAGAGAGCCGAGGACUGA